UAAUUGCAACAGACGGUAGAAGGCUCGGAUAUAUCCAUACAUUGUGCGCUUAGGGAUCAUAAAGUUUCUAGUUGGUGGAUAUGUACAUAUGGUGAUUGCAUAUGCGAGAGUUACGUGUAAAAUAGAAUGACGGAUAGUAAGGAAUCACAAAAGAACGGUAAAAACCGUUCGUAUGUGGUUUGCGGCCUACUAUCCGGUGUUAUUACGAAGACAAUAUGUGCUCCGUUCGACAGAAUACGUCUUCUCUAUCAAGUCCAGCCAAUGUUCAAUCAAUUUAGCAGUAGCUAUGGAGCAGAUGCUGCAAACAACAAUGUUUCUGGUAAGCCUAAUGUUAGUAACGGCGUUAACGUCAACCAAAUGGAUAAAACUGCCAACGUUCUCAAAUCAGGGAAAAGCAGCUCUAAUGUAAAGUAUAACGGUGUAAUUAAAACCGCUAAGAAGAUCAUACGCGAAGAAGGUCUCAAGGGUUUGUGGAGGGGUAAUGUUGCAAACACGAUAAGAGGUGGUUUAUGCUAUGCUACAAAGUUUGGAAUAAAUGACACUGCCAGAGAAUAUCUUAAAUCAUGUAGCACACUGCAGAUGUGGUUCAAUAAACGCAAGAUGAACAGCGUAGAUGGUAAAUACGUAGGAGGGCAAAAUGACUUUAUACUAUCCCUUCUCGCAGGGGCUUCUGCUGGACUUGUUCAAAAGAGUUUAACGUACCCGUUAGAUCUUAUAAGUGUGAGAAUGGCCUUGGGAAUCAACACCAGAAGUCUGUCAAAGAGUUGUAAGUAUACUGGGCUAAUCGACUGUCUCUCUACAAUUCUCAGAACCGAAGGACUUUACGGACUCUACAAGGGAUUCACACCUUCCAUGUGUACUGGUGUUCCAUAUGUUGCCUUGCAAAUGGCAUUUUUUGAGUUUUAUAGAAAGAACUUGUUCAAUAGCAUUAUAGAGAAAGAUAAUCUGAGCAUUAAGCAAGUGGCAUUUGUCUCAUCGAUCUCCGGCUCAGCCGCUGGAGCCUCUGCACUUUUACUCGUAUUUCCAGGGGAUACCGUGAGAAAGAGGAUGAUGAACAAUGCAAUUUCUAGCGAAUCCAAGCUUUACAAGGAUUCCAAGUAUUGUAUAAGGUAUAUCCUCAGGAAUGAAGGAAUAUCGGCAUUUUAUCACGGCUUAUUUCCGUCACUUUUGAAAUCGCUGCCUUCCGGGGCUAUUCAGUUUGUUAUGUACGAAAUACUCAAACACCUCUUUAAAAGCAUCUAAAACAAG